AUGAGCAACCAGUCACCAAGAGUACUACUGGACAUGUCAAUUAAGAGCUUGCUGAAGGACAAGGCCCUGUCCAUGGAGGCCAUAGGACAUUUGCCAGGAGAGCUCUUCCCAUCAGUGUUCAUGGAGGCCUUCAUCAGGGGACACACAGAGGUCCUGAAGGCCAUGGUGCAGUCCUGGCCCUUUACAUCCCUUCCCCUGGGAGCCCUGAUGAACAUGAAGAAAGCAGGGUCUCUGGAUACUCAGAAGGAUGUUCUACAGGCAGAGAAAAUGGUGUUGCAAGCUGUGCUGGAUGGAAUCGAUAUGCUGCUGCGCAAGGAGGUGUGCUCCAGGAUGUUGAAACUGCAAGUGCUAGAUAUGCGGGUCACACGCCAGGACUUCUGGAGAGUCUGGGCUGAAAGGAAAUUGGAAAAUUGUUCUUCAGAAUCCAUGAACUGGGGCAUAGCACAGAAGAUUGGGCCGAGGGAACCAAGCAAAAGGCCUCUGAAGGUCAUUUUAGAUCUGUGGAUCACUGAGGAAUGUCUGCGUCCAUGGACAUCUACCAUCCUCCAGUGGAUCCGAGAGAGGAAAGAUCUGGUGCAGCUGCAUUGUCUGCAGCUGUGUAUCACUGCCAUGUCUUUUCAGUGGGUCACAGAAGUCCUUGAAGUGCUGGAGCUAGAUUCUGUUCGGGAGGUCGAUGUGAGUCCCUGGUGGCCAAUCUGUACAUUGGCUCAGUUUGCCCCUUUUCUGAGCCAGAUGGAAAAUCUUCAUAAGCUAAUUCUCUGUGACAUCUGUGUGCCUGCCAGCAUGCCCCCAGAGGAGAGAGAGCAGUUGGUCACUGAAGUCACCUUUCCAUUCCUUAAACUUCACUCUCUCAGGGAAGUUUUUAUGGACACUGUCGAGUUCCUUGAAGGCCACAUGGACCAGUUUCUCAGGUGCCUGACAUCCCCACUGGAGACCCUCUCAGUAACUAACUGCCAGCUUUCACUCUCAGACUGGAACCAUCUGCCCUUCUCUGAGAAGAUAAGACAGCUGAAACACUUAGAUCUGAGUUGUACCAAGCUGACUUCCUUCAGUCCUGAGUCUCUCCAACUCUUGCUGAGUAGUGUGGCAGCCACCCUGACCACCCUGCAUUUGGAAAACUGUGGGAUCACGGAUGCACAGGUCUCUGCUUUUCUGCCAGCCCUGAGCAGCUGCUCUCAGCUCACUACCUUCUGCUUCAUAAAGAAUUCCAUGUCCAUAUAUGCCCUGAAGAACCUGCUGUGCCACACUACUAGGCUGAGCAACUUAACCCUGGAGCUGUACUCUGUUCCUCAGGAG